AUGAGUGACGAUGGGAUCUCUCUUAGUAAAUUGGAUAGAUUUUUUGUCUCAUCGGAGUUCUUGUCGAUGUGGCCAGACGCAAAUGCUACGAUUCUUGCAAGAGAAUAUUCGGACCAUUGCCCGAUUGUUCUCACUUGCAAUUCAGCGGAUUUUGGUCCCACUUCGUUUCGGUUCUUUAAUUCUUGGCUUGUUCAUGAAGAUAUUCGGGAUUUAGUUCAUACUGCUUGGAAUUCAAUUAAGUGCAGGAGUACGGCUGAUGUGACAUUAGCAGCCAAAUUAAGAACGGUAAAAGGGGCGAUUAAGAAAUGGAAGGUCGAGGUAUUGUAUAAAGAAAAAUCUAGUAUUGAAGAAAUCAAAAAGAAAAUUGAUGAUCUGGAAACAAAGGCAGAAUCGAGUCCUCUUUCAGAUGCUGAAAUUGAAGAUAGAAAAAAUUGGAAGGCAGAAGCAAAACAUCUGGAAUAUGCCAACACUUUGGAUUUGAAACAGAGAGCCAGAGUGAAAUGGGUGAUCGAUGGAGAUGAGAACUCUUCUUUCUUUCAUGGGGUUGUAAACGCAAACAGAAACAGACACAGGAUUAAUGGUCUCAUUGUUAAUGGGGUAUGGGAAACUAAUCCGAAGUCGAUUCAGAAUGAGGCGUUUGGGUUCUACUCAAACAAGUUUUGUGAACAUAUGCAUUCUCGCUCAAAGUUUCAAAGUUCGUUAUUCAAAAAACUUUCUGUUGAAGAUAAGACCUUUAUUGAAGCCCCGUUUUCCACGGAAGAAAUUAAAAGGGCCAUUUGGUCUUGUGGAACUAAGCUACUUUCCAUGAGGUUGAGGUAUGUAGUUGGAAAAGUAGUAAGUCCGGCACAACUAGCUUAUAUCGAAGGAAGACAAAUGUUGGAUGGGCCAUUAAUGCUUAACGAAGUUUGUAAUUGGGCAAAAAGAUCGAAAAAUGAGAUGUUUCUUUUUAAAGUUGAUUUUGAGAAGGCGUUCGGUACUCUUAGCUGGAGUUUUAUCGAUUCUAUGCUGGAACAAAUGGAAUUUGGCAUUAAGUGGAGGACUUGGAUCAACGGAUGUCUUGCUUCUGCUAGAGCAUCAGUUCUGAUUAAUGGAGCACCAACUGAUGAAUUCCCCAUCUCGAGGGGGUGA